AUGGCUUCUUUCUUUGCCGCCCCGCGCCUUGACUUGAGUGGCUCUGUCAACACCGCUAGUACUUCAACGUGGUCCUUUAGGACAGCACAACAAGGUACACCAUUCUCUACUUCGUCGUCAAGUGCAACCGGAGGCUCCUUGUUUGGUCUACGGACUACCAACGCGAACAUGUCGUCGCACGGCAUCAUGGCAUCUCCCAAGGUCCAAGAGCUGUCGUACGAAUGUCUUGUAAAGGUCCCCGCUCCCAAACACGCUUUUCCAAACUCAUCAGGUCCUUUGAAGGACACUCUCAAACACCCCAGUACGGUACCGAACAGCAACACUGAGAUCCUGCGCAUCUACCUCCCGUUCGACAACGUACCUCUCUCAUGGCUAAACGCGCUCCUCGUUCACAUUCACCAACAGACCCCAACAUAUCCUCCCGAGAUCCAGCUGUGCGUUCGAUCUCUUCUACGUCCAUAUCUCCAAGACAUCGAUGAGAACCCUAAGCUUGCCUACGAUUUGACAGAUAUGCUGCGGAAGGGUCUUGAUCUAGGCACGCCUUUGAAAUUCUUCUUCCUUCGACCGAGCGUACAAGCCGGUUCCGGUCGCGAUUGCUUCGCAGACUUUGUGGAGAAGGAUUUGCUGCGGGCUAUCGAGGGACUACGGGAGCAUGACGUGGAGUUGUCGGAUAUCCUGGGCGAGGAGAGCUGUCUCUUCAAUCAUUCUGUUUCGGCUUGGCACUCUUUCAGUCUGGGUUCUAGCUCAUCUAGCCAAGAAGAUCUUGAUGAUGAGCUACUAUGA